GUGGCGAACGACCCCUACGCGCAACUCACGUCCUGCAUGAUGCUGCCGAUGGCGGCGCACGGGUUCCACGCGCCGCUGCCGCCGGUGGCGAACGUCCCCUACGGGCAGCUCACGUCUUGCAUGAUGCUGCCUAUGGCGGCGAGCGAGUUCCACAUGCCGCCGCCGCUGGUGGCGAACGUCCCCUACCUAAAGAUCGCGUCCUGCAUGAUGCUGCCGAUGGCGGCGUUCGAGCUCCGCAUGCCGCUGCCGCUGGUGGCGUACGACCCUAUCGUGAAGAACUCUACCCGAACUGCUUCGACGCGCGCGCUGGAGAUGAGACCCCUCUCUGAGGCCUUUCCUGAGACCAGCCCCCUCGAUGUAGCUAGCCCUGUGCCUUCUGUCCCGCGCUCCCCACCCCGCUCGUCCCCGUCUUGGUGCCCUUCGCUUCGCUCGUCCCCUGCCCUUCCCUCUUCCGCCGCUCUUCUUCCGCCCAUCCCUGUGUUCCCCGCUUUCCUGAAUGCUUCUCAUACUGUUUCGUACGAUUUACAUUCCGCCCCCCGUGCAUGGCCCCAUGUGAGUGCCAGAGCGGUCGAGCCCAGUGAGUACACUAGGAAGUAGUCGUCGCGGCGGUCGGACGUGAGCGGGAUCAUCUUGCCCUCGUCUCGCGUCUUGUCCGCUUGCCCUCGUCUCUUCUCUUCAUGGUACGUUCACUCCUCC